AUGUCCGAAACCAUCUCCCAAGGGAAGACUCAAGACAACCCAUCUUCCAUCACGGAUUCCUUCCCCGACCCUCGUGUGACCCACCCCUGGGCCAAAACAGAAGAGGAUGAACUGGUCAUCAAGAUGCACGCUUUGUUGCAGAUGGCGGAUAGGCAAAAGACGGAAUACUGGAGUAGAAACUUCAAAGGCACCAAGGAGGAGCUGAAAAGCCGGUCUACUUAUAGAGAGCCUUAUAUCGAUCCUGGUAUCGACAUUAUCGACGAGGGGGCAUCUACAUCCAUAAAUGAGGAGGACCCCCAAUCUGACCCAGCCGGGCACUCUCGCUUGAAGUUUGAGGGAGAACCUUUGAUCCCGACACGUUGCCCCUAG